AUGGCAGCUUCCUUUGUAGAUACCACGAUUCGUGACAAUAAGGUAGUGGUGUUUUCCAAGACUUAUUGUCCAUUCUGCACGAUGGCAAAGACAGCCCUCGAAAAUGCUGGCCUUCAGAAUUACAAGUUAAUCGAGUUGGAUGAGAAUGAUAAUUGCGAUGAAAUUCAGGAUUAUCUGUUAAACUUGACAGGAGCUAGAUCGGUUCCACGUGUGUUCAUUGGAGGUAAAUGCAUUGGAGGUGGCUCUGAAACUAAAGCCUUGCAGAAUGAAGGAAAACUAACCAAAAUGCUUCAAGACAAUGGUGCUCUGUAAAGCACAUGAGGUUGCUGAGACAAAGUUCCAGAGUCCACCUUUCUCUUCUGUUGUGCGUUGUUGUGCAACAUUUGAACUUGUAGAGUUACAUUUAGGUAUUAAAUAAGAAAAUCAUUUUUUGUACCCACCUAUUAUAAUUAAUCAUGAAAAUGAUAUUCUAUUUGCUUGUUCAUUAUUGUUUGUUAUAAUGAGCUUUGUCAAGUGUUAUCAUCCUCAUGUAUGCAUACACUUUAAAACACAUUAUGUUUUCAACACAUAUAAAUGUAUUUGGGAGCCAGCCUUUGCCAUAAUCAAAGACUAGAGAAGUCUUAAAUAUUAACUAUAAAAUUGGUGAAGGACCCUACUCAUUGGUCAAUACUAUGAAAUAUAAUUUCAAGUUAAUUUGUAGUCCAAGUUUGAACUAACUUACUUAAAUGUCAAACAUUGUUUACUCUGUUUUAUGUUAACUUUGCCCCAUUGGCCCAUUUUCAUGUUUUGUUUUGAGUGCUCGAUAAUAAAGAGAUUGUUUUGAGUGCUCGAUAAUAAACAGAAGAGCAGAUCAGCUCUUCAAAUUGUUUUUAGAAAAAUGCCAGUGCUGUUCUCUGAGGCAUUAGAGAGGGAGUAGGGGAAAUUGACUGAGUAUUUGAUGUGCCUUUUUUUUUAAAGAAUAUCAUAAUUAAACUUGGCAUGCAACACAAUAUUGUACGAGCAAAAAAGACCCAUAUUGUAAGCACCCGUGCAUACUCUACACUUUUUUUUUACAGACUGUUUUUAUUGCAUUGUAUCACAUUCACAGAAUGAAAGAAACUGUUGAUAAUUUACAGGUAAUCUAUUUUAUCACACAUAUAUGCACAAAGCUAAUGUACCUUUUUUUCAUGCAAUUCAUGUCAUGUAAAUGUGGUAUUAUCCUAUAAAAUACAAAUCAUGAAAAUAAUAGAUUUUAGGAAAUUAUUGGAAAUUUAGCAAUCAUUGUAUCUUGAAUGAAAGGAAAGGGUUCUAAUACAUAUGUGCUAUAAGAAUUUUUAAACAUCAGCCUAUGUUUUGUGGAAAUGCUUUACAGUUAGUAUUGACCAAUAUGCACCUUACGGCAUCCUCAAGAAUUUACUUUUCCAAGAGAAAUCAUAAUAUGAACUGGAUUUUCAUUUUUAUGAAUUCACAGACAGAAAGUUUCAAAUCUAAUUAUCUGCACCUCAUUGAGAAAAUUGAAAGCAUACAUUAGCUAUGAAAAGUGUAUGGUGUAUUGUAUCAUUUUUCUCAUUACUGUUUUUUAUUCCGAAGUGUUUCAGAUUUGUCAAAGAAAGUACUUUCAAUUAUGUCCGUCGUAGUGUUCAACAUAAACGUUUAUAACAAGUGAAGUACGUGUAUCAUUCUCACUUGGUACUCAUGUGCAUACAUAUACACUGACAUACUUAAUUUUUGGGGGAAAUUAUUGUGGUAUUGAAAAAAAAUUAUGUCUUCAACCAUUCUUAUUAGUUCAUGUACAAAGCAAAUUUACAAAAAUGCCUGUGCAAUACAUUUCACUAUGCAUAUUUAUUGUUCUACAGUACACUAUAACUGAUGGCCAUUAUUUUGGAAAUCAUGUUAUCUGUGUGUUAAUUCUUAACAUUGACACACCUUUAUUGGUCAUCAAAAUGUAAUAUCUAAAAUUUUUGUUUUUGUAAAUUGAGUAUAUGUUAAGGGUGGUAGCCUGCUUAUUGUGCAAUUGACAGUCUCAUUCUUUCCAUUUUUGAUAAAUUUCCAAAUCAAGUGCCUAUUAUGAUUGUUAUGUGACUUAUGUCAAUAAUGUAAGAUUUCUGUAUAUCAAAUGUGGUUAUGCAUUUAUAUUUCUAAAUUUAACACAACAUUCAAGGGUACUUGUUAUAUUUCUUGUCUAAUAACUUAAUAAAAUCCA